AGCUCCUAGUGUAAACGGCGCCUCACACCUAUCCAGUUCGGAAUCCCAGUGUGAACGGGUCUUUGUUGUUUGGGAUUAUAAAUGGUACUACCGCUCACUUCUGGCGCGCAUUUCAUGGUAAAGUAUGUUUUAAAGAAUGAGAGGUGUUGUCGCGUAGAAUGCCAUAGAAACGGUAUAAUUUUCUUGCAUUUCUGAAGUAGUAAUUGCGAAAACUAAACUCAAUUAGUUGGCUCACCAUCACUGGGGAAGAUCUGGGACGAAUUCCAAAGACAAGCGGCCGAAAGUCAAGGCCAUGAAGCGGAAAUUCCGCGAAGAAGAAUACUGCAGGGUUUGUAGGGAUGGAGGAGAUCUGCUGUGCUGCGAUUCCUGUCCUUCAGUUUACCACAGAACCUGCCUGACUCCUCCUCUCAAAUCGAUUCCAAAAGGCGAUUGGAUCUGCCCGCGCUGCAUUCCCUUGCCCGGAAAAGCUGAGAAGAUAUUGUCAUGGCGCUGGACCCUCGGCCGACGCUCCACUUCCCGCUCAUCUCAAGGUGCAGUCCGCGAGUACUUCAUCAAGUGGUAUGAUAAGUCCUACUGGCACUGCGAAUGGAUUCCUGAAGGGCAGAUGCUCGUGCACCACGCCACGAUAGUUGCCAACUUCCAGAGGAAGAACGACAUGGAAGAGCCGCCAAGUCUCGAGGAGCCGUUCGACGAUAAGGAGCGCGAUCUGCACGAGCGCUUCUACAGAUACGGCAUUAAGCCGGGAUGGCUCCUUGUCCAGCGGGUGAUCAAUCAUAGAAAGGAGCCCAAUGGUCGCACUACUUACUUGGUGAAAUGGCGGGAGUUGACCUAUACCGAUAGUAGCUGGGAGAUAGAAAACGACGCCAUCCCGGGUCUUAAACAGGCCAUCGCUCACUACGAGAAACUGCGGUCCGGCAAGAAGGGACGCCCAAAAAAUAGGCCUGGACCCACCACGGACCUGAAUAAGAAGUACGAGGAUCAGCCAGUAUUCUUAAAGGGAGCUGACCUAAAACUGCAUCCCUUUCAGAUGGAGGGCAUCAGCUGGCUUCGCUACAGUUGGGGUCAGAGCAUCCGCACCAUACUGGCCGACGAGAUGGGUCUGGGCAAGACCAUUCAGACAGUGGUUUUCCUUUACUCACUGUUUAAGGAGGGCCACUGUCGGGGACCCUUUCUCAUAUGCGUGCCGCUUUCCACACUGACCAACUGGGAGCGAGAGCUUGAACUCUGGGCUCCAGAAUUUUACUGUAUCACCUAUGGCGGGAGCAAAACUUCUAGAGCGGUAAUCCGGAACAACGAGCUGAGCUUCGAUGAGAUAACCACCAAAACCAUGCGGGAAAACCGAGCCCAGUACAAAUUUAACGUAAUGCUGACCAGCUACGAGUUUAUCUAUAUUGACGCCCCUCUUCUCGGGAUCAUCGAUUGGGCGGUGCUAGUAGUGGACGAGGCACAUCGGUUAAAGAGCAACCAUAGCAAGUUUUUUAGGACGCUGAGCAAGUACCGCAUCGCCUACAAGCUGCUGCUGACCGGCACUCCGCUUCAGAACAAUCUCGAAGAGCUGUUUCAUCUGCUCAAUUUCCUGAGUUCUGACAAGUUUAAUGACCUGCAUACCUUCCAGGCCGAGUUCGCCGACGUUUCGAAGGAGGAGCAAGUGAAACGACUGCAUGAGAUCUUGGGACCGCAUAUGCUCCGUCGCCUCAAGGCGGAUGUCCUUAAGAACAUGCCCUCGAAGUCUGAGUUUAUUGUACGCGUGGAGCUCUCGUCCAUGCAAAAGAAAUUCUACAAGUUUAUCCUCACCAAGAACUUCAAGGCCCUAAAACAGAAAGGCGGCGGUGGCGUGUGUUCGCUGCUUAACAUCAUGAUGGAACUGAGGAAGUGCUGCAACCAUCCGUACCUGUUCCCCUCCGCCGCCGAGGAUGCUAGCAUAUCGCCCAGUGGUCUUUACGAGAUUAAUUCGCUGAUCAAAGCUUCUGGCAAGUUGGAAUUGCUGUCAAAGAUGCUAAAACAGUUGAAGGCGGACAACCACAGGGUCCUUAUAUUCUCCCAGAUGACCAAGAUGCUCAAUAUUCUCGAGAACUUUCUCGAAGAGGAGGGGUACCAGUACGAGCGCAUCGACGGUCUAAUCAAGGGCGAUUUACGUCAGAGAGCCAUUGAUAGAUUCAAUGCGCCCAAAGCGGAACAGUUUGUGUUUCUGCUGAGCACUCGCGCAGGAGGGCUUGGUAUCAAUUUGGCCACAGCCGAUACGGUCAUUAUUUUCGACUCCGACUGGAAUCCACACAACGACGUUCAGGCCUUCUCACGAGCCCAUCGCAUGGGUCAGACAAAAAAGGUGAUGAUCUACCGAUUUGUGACCCACAACUCGGUCGAGGAGCGCAUGAUGCAGGUUGCCAAGCACAAGAUGAUGCUCACUCAUCUUGUGGUGCGCCCGGGAAUGGGUGGCAAGGAAGUAAAUUUCACAAAGGACGAGCUCGCUGACAUCCUUCGCUUUGGCACCGAGGAUCUUUUUAAAGACGGCAAGAGGGAGGCUAUUCACUACGACGACAAGGCGGUGGCCGAUCUGCUUGACCGUACCAAUCGAGGCAUUGAAGAGAAGGAGUCUUUGGCCAACGAGUAUCUUUCGUCCUUCAAGGUCGCGUCUUACGCCACUAAGGAAGAACACGAUGAGCAGGAUAACUACAAUGAGGAUACGGAGAACACUGACCCAGCCUACUGGGAAAACCUGUUGGGCCAAAGUCGGCCGGAGCUACCAAAGAAGCAAAAGAAUAAGUCGCAGCAGUCCCAGGAGGUCGUUGAGAGCAGCAUGGGAAAAGGCAAGAGAAUCCGAAAAGGAGUCGACUAUUCCAAUCAAGCCAUUAAUGCGGUCGACCACGAUCCACCAUGGACUGCAUAUCCCCAAAAGAAUUAGAAACAAGUCGAAAUGUUAUUAAGUUUAUUUUCCAAGCUUGCGCAAGCGCAGCUAUCUUAAAUGUGUUGCUAUUAAAUGUUAUAAUUUGCUAUUAAAAAAUGUAUAAUCAUCGAUCUAAAAAUGCAUCGAAUAGACUAGCAAUACGUUUUUGAUUCGCUCAGUAAAUAUUCCUAUUACCAUUUAUAAUAACUCAAGUGUUUAAUUAUGUUGUUCAAAAUAUGUUAAGUGAAAACGAAGAAACAAAUAAAGAUGACCCCGAUAGCA